ACACGCCCCCUAAACAGCGCAUGCGCGCCAGGAGACAUGGCAGCUUCCACAGAGGCGCUGGGCAGCCCUGGGAGUGCGCUUAGGAAAAGACGGACCGUUUCGCCGAAUGAGUCUGGACACCUAACAGAAAAGCGGAAUAAUGGAGAUGGCAAUGAAGGACCUGCAGAGUGUGAUAAAACAAGUGACGUCACUUUGCAGACCGGGACGUUUUGGCUGACGCGAAUUGUGAUUCUUCGGUCCGUGGCGUUUAUUUACUUCGUGGCGUUUUGCGUGGCUUACAACCAGAACAAGCAGCUCAUCGGUGACCGGGGCUUGAUGCCAUGCCAGGAGUACCUGAGGAGCGUGAAGCGUUACGUGGGCGGGAAGAUCGGGGCAGCCGCCCUGGCCUAUGCUCCCACCAUCCUCUGGUUCCUGGACUGGGCUGACAUGGACGCCAACCUGGACAGCAUCGCCCUGGCUGGCCUGGCACUGUCGGGCUUUGUGCUGCUGGCAGGCCGGGCCAACAUGGUGCUCAUGGCACUGCUUUGGGUGCUGUACCACUCGCUGGUCAACGUGGGCCAGCUCUGGUAUUCAUUUGGUUGGGAGAGCCAGCUGCUGGAGACGGGCUUCCUGGCUAUCUUCCUGUGUCCUGUGUGGAGCCUGCAGCCAGUGCCCCCCCACUGCCCGCCCUCCCGCCUCUGCAUCUGGACCUUCCGCUGGCUCAUCGUGCGCAUCAUGCUGGGGGCUGGACUCAUCAAGGUGAGGGGAGAUCGGUGCUGGAUGGACCUGACCUGCAUGGAUUAUCACUAUGAGACCCAGCCUGUGCCGAACCCCAUGUCCUACUACAUGCACCGCUCCCCCUGGUGGUUCCACCGCUUCGAGACGCUGGUCAACCACUUCAUCGAGCUCAUCGCGCCCUUCUUCACCUUCCUGGGCCGCCGCCUGUGCAUGGUGAAUGGUGGCCUGCAGCUGUUCUUCCAGGCGACGCUCAUCGUCAGCGGCAACCUGAGCUUCCUGAACUGGCUGACCAUGGUGCCCAGUCUGGCGUGCUUUGACGACGCCGCCCUGGCCUUCCUGUUCAGCUCCGCCCCAGGCGGCGCCAAGCGGGCCGUGUGCAACAUCCAGAGGCAGGAGGCUGCAGGGAGGGCGACACUGCCCACAAAAGGCAUGCUGGUCCGUCGUGUCUUGAACAUCUCCCUGGCUGUUCUGAUUGGCUACCUGAGCAUCCCCGUGGUGCUCAACCUGCUCAGCUCCCGGCAGGUGAUGAAUACGUCCUUUGACCCUCUCCGCAUCGUCAACACCUAUGGGGCCUUCGGCAGCAUCACCAAGGAGCGGACGGAGGUGGUGUUCCAGGGCACGACCAGCGCUGAUCCACAGGACCCAGCGGCAUUGUGGGAAGAGUACGAGUUCAAGUGCAAGCCGGGAGAUGUGAAGAGGAGGCCCUGCCUGAUCUCGCCCUACCACUACCGCCUCGACUGGCUCAUGUGGUUCGCCGCCUUCCAGACCUACGAGCAGAGCGAGUGGGUGAUCCAUAUAGCCGGCCGGCUCCUGGCCAACGACUCCAGCGUCCUCUCCCUGCUGGAACACAACCCCUUCCAGGGCAGGACCAACCCCAGGUGGGUUCGCGGAGAGCACUUCCGCUACAAGUUCAGCACGCCCGGCACUCCCAGUGCGGCCCAGGGCAAGUGGUGGAUCCGGAAGCGACUGGGGCCGUACUUCCCCCCGGUGGACCUGGCAGGCCUCAGGAAGUAUUUCUCAUCCCGCGGCUGGCCCCACCCAGACAUCAAUUAAACUUCCAGAACGGCAUGGACAUGAAGUGUCCUCCAAGCUGUACCACAAGUGGAAUGACUCACAGUAUGAAGACUGGGUGGGCCGAGCCCAUCCACAUACUAUAGAGGUCAGCUGGACCUCCGUCAGUUAAAGUGGACCAUCUUAUAAGUUCUGCGAGACGCUGGACAGAAACACUGUGGUCUUCAGUUGCCCUGGCCCUCAUCCUGCAACCACACCAGUCCUCCUUUCUGUUUCUUCUGGAUAAUGUUUGUGAAAAAAUAUCCAAAAUAUAAUAAAAGCACAUUGAUGGCCGA